UCAUGGUCCACACCUCACGGUUGACAUUAUGACUGUUAUUAGCCAUAUCAAAAGAGCCGAAAACCAUACUUUUAGGCUCACCGAGUAUAAUCAUUACCACCUGAAGGACACGCUAAAUUAUUUUAUACGACACUGUUAAAGUGUAAAUAAAUAGUAUAAUUUGCGCCAACAUAAUGACGCCAUUAUCGAGGCAUCAGAUCAGAAAACUGCUCUUUUGUCCAGGUCCCAUAUAAAUGUGAGGACAUUUUGAACACGACAUAGUGACGGUAAGCUGUAUUAAAAAUGGUUGCUAUGAGUUACUUAUUAGUUGGAGUAAUUUUUAUACUUAUAUCAAACGUAUCCGCAGGAGAUAAAAACGACAAUAUGCUGUCAUGUUUGGAACUCUUCAAUCCUGAUGGUAUUGACCAAAUGUGCUGCGAAAACUUGGAAAGCAUUGACGAUCUGACUAAAGACUACGAAGAGUGCCUUAAAAAAGACUCCGAGGAAUGGCUGUGCGAGGAUUUCCAAUGCAUCCUGAACAAAACGGGGAUGAUAAAGGACGGUAAAAUAGACGAGGACGGCGCUAUGAAGUUUUACGAUAAGCUUGAGAAAGACUACCCGAAAGAAAAGUCCAUAAUAGAACGAGUGAGGCGAGGAUGCUUGGACGGGAAAUACAACAACUACCCUCCGGAGGACGGCUGUUCUGCUGUCAGGUUCUACGUGUGCAGCUAUAUCAACACUUUUGUGGAAUGCGACUCGUGGAAGAAACUUGACGUUUGCACGGAGAUGGCAGAAAAUGCGAAGAAGUGCAAAAAAGCUCUCGAAGAAUGAUGGAGCCAUCAUGUGAUAUCCAACUGUGUUAUAAAUGAAAUAUUACCAUAUUCAACGUAAUUACAAUAUUAACAAUAAUUAAUUCAUAAUAUACGUCUUAUACCGGCUUACUAA